AUGAACAUUUUCAAGAAGAAGACAACACCCAAAGAUGCUCUCCGCACCAGCAAGAGAGAAAUGGCUGUGGCUACGAGAGGUAUUGAACGAGAGAUUACAUCUCUUCAACUAGAGGAGAAGAGGCUUGUGGCAGAAAUCAAGAAAACAGCCAAGACUGGAAAUGAGGCGGCCACCAAGAUCUUAGCUCGACAACUUGUUCGAUUGAGGCAACAGAUCACCAAUUUGCAGGGAAGCCGUGCUCAAAUCCGGGGUGUAACCACUCAUACACAGGCUCUGUAUGCAAGCACCUCAAUUUCAUCAGGCAUGAAAGGAGCAACCACAGCUAUGGUUGCAAUGAACAAGCAAAUGGCACCGACUAAACAAGCUAAGGUGAUCAAGGAAUUCCAGAAGCAGUCAGCACAAUUGGACAUGACGAUAGAGAUGAUGUCAGAGGCAAUUGAUGAAACACUUGACAAAGAUGAAGCUGAGGAAGAAACAGAAGACCUCACUAACCAGGUCCUUGAUGAGAUUGGCGUUGGUGUUGCAUCUCAGUUAUCUUCAGCUCCGAAGGGCAGGAUCGCAACAAAAACCGCUGCUCCAGCUCCUACCACUGCCAACAACAAGAACGACUCGGAAUCUAGUGAAGUGGAUGAACUAGAGAGGAGAUUGGCUUCACUACGACGAAUCUGA